AUGUACGCCGCUCAGAAUAUAACGCCAACAGUUUUGGAUGCCAUGAACGGAAAUGUUUCCGAAUGGUAUAACGAAUGCGACAAUGCCAUUAGAAGGUCAGAAAUAGUUCCUGGAACUUACGAAUAUACAACUGCUGUUUCUUAUGGAAACGUAGGUGAGUUUGGAGAAGGUUCUUCAACAACAGUAGAUAUUGCUUGCGACAGGUUUCAUAUUAUUUCUAUUGACAACUCAUUCUUAUACGUGGAACAAGACAUUGAAAUAAAACCUUCUGCCAAGUUGUCUGACAAGAAAGGUUGCAAUGGAAUUUUCUAUGUCGGAUACCAAUAUGCUCCAGAAGUUUUCAUGGGAUAUAAGAUAUAUUCUAACUCUGACUUAGUUCAAACAGUAACAUGGGCAAACUAUGAAUGGUUCGCUUUGAGAAACUCAGUACAACCACAAGCUAGAGAACAAACAGACCAGUAUGCAAAUAUUGAGAAAAUAAGAAGACUUGACCCUAACGUUCCAGGAGUUUAUGUUAACCUUUCUGGUUCAGAUGGAAAUGCUGCCACUAAAGUAAAACUGAAACUUAGAGUUCCUUUGUCAUCUUUCCUCAUCUUCAGGUUUUUAAGAUACUUGCCAAACUGGGCAGGAAAAAUUUCUAUCGAACUUACUCCAAGCAAAAAUAACUUAGUCAUUGCACCAACACAAGACCCAUUCACUCUUACAGACGUAAUGGGAACAAAUAAAACGUCAUUCGCCGACUUUUGCAAAGACAAAGUUGACUUAGACUUUGGUUUCUCAAACUUCAACAAUGAA